UUGAUAAUGGAAAAGGAAAUGUGGUAGAAAUCUACACAGUGAGAGAGAGGAGGUGUUGGAUCGGAGACAAUGUAUAAAUGAUGAAGAAUAUCUGUAUAUUUUUCUGCAUAAAUGACUUGGGUUCUGCUUUGUAGAAAUGGAAUGCCCUUAUUGCAUAAUAUAACUAUCAUUUCUUGUUCUCAUGUAGGCAUUGGUAAAUAAGUCUCCCCAGCAUUUGUUAUAUCACUUACUAGCGACAGACAUCAGUAUUUUACCGUAAGAAGUUACUUUGAUUUUAGAGGAGCUGACAGGAUGCUAGGUAUCCAAAUCAAUGUAAUAAUAAACUGUUGCAAAACUAAACCCUACUACUUCCUAACAGUAGAUUAGUUUUUAAGGUCCCCUUACUUUUUCUAGUCUUCUUAUCUUAUUCCCUUUCACUUAUUCCCUAUUCAGUGACACUGCCCUCCUUACUGUUCCUCGAGUAAGAGUUGUGAGUUAUGACCCUGGUGUCACCAAACGUUCCAAGAGACUUGUUGACACUUCUACCCCCUCCCCUUCUUUCUUUCCUUUUUUCAUUUUUCUUCUCUCUUUCGUAUGCUUAGCUCCUGUGUGGUGUAUGUAUGUGUUUUAUACACACGAUGCACCUGUCUUUUUUUCAGGUCCGGCCGAUAUUUGCCCCCAGGACCAGCAGGGGGCGGCCCGGGAUUGGCUCCACGCGUGCUUUCCACCCCCGCCCCGCCGGACUCAGAGCAGCACAGAGAAUCCCGGUGUAGUGGCCACCUCGUUCUCAGACCAGCCGCGGGGUGGGAGGAGCAGUCCCGCCCCCAGCCCGAGCCCCGGGCACCUGCAGCGCGCGGAAGGCGCAGGGGACGCACGGAGCGCCUGGCUCUGACGCUCUCCUGCCGGCACCUCCUCCCCAUACCUGAGUGGGGAGCGGCGGAGCUUAGCUACCGCCUCCUCCUCCUCCUCCUUCUCCAUCUCUCCCUCCUCCUUCCCCUCCUCCUCCUCUGCUGCUGCUCCUCCCAACCUUAGCCCUAACUCCAGCCUGGCUGCCGUCCGAGUAAAGGUCGCUCCGGAGCAAAAAAAGAGCCAGGAAACGGAGCCUCGGCAAAACCAGGAGGGGAAAGUGGGAGGGUGAUUUAAAAAAAAAAAAGAAAGAAAGAAGGAAAAACUCUUUUUAAGCGCAGGAAGAUGGCGCCAGACGGGCAGCGGCUGGUGUGAGAGCCACUCGGGACAGCAAGCAGCACCGGGAGCCGGAGAUUGCCCUGGAGAGAGGGGCCGGAUCGCUGAAGCUAGGGCUGAGCUUCCAGACGCGUCUCCGGGCUUGUCUGCUGCGCGGACUGGGUCAUGUCGGUCAGCGAGCUCUAUAGCCAGUUCACAAGGGUUUGGAUCCCUGAUCCUGAUGAAGUGUGGCGAUCAGCAGAAAUAGUCAAGGACUACAAGGAGGGUGAGAAGGUUCUCCAUCUUAAAUUUGAAGAUGAAACUAUCCAAGAAUACCCGAUUGAUCUCAAUAGCAACCAACUCCCCUUCUUACGAAAUCCAGAUAUCCUGGUGGGAGAAAAUGACCUAACAGCUCUUAGUUAUCUUCAUGAACCUGCAGUUUUGCAUAAUUUAAAAGUUCGUUUCUUGGAGUCGAACCAUAUCUACACUUAUUGUGGUAUUGUGCUUGUUGCCAUCAACCCCUAUGAGCAGUUGCCAAUCUAUGGACAAGAUGUCAUAUAUGCCUAUAGUGGCCAAAACAUGGGAGACAUAGACCCUCACAUCUUUGCAGUGGCAGAAGAAGCCUACAAGCAGAUGGCCAGAGAUGAAAAGAACCAGUCCAUCAUAGUAAGUGGGGAGUCAGGAGCCGGAAAGACAGUGUCAGCUAAAUAUGCCAUGAGAUAUUUUGCCACAGUUGGGGGCUCUGCCAGUGAAACCAACAUUGAAGAAAAAGUCCUUGCAUCUAGCCCCAUCAUGGAGGCCAUUGGAAAUGCUAAAACCACUCGAAAUGACAAUAGUAGUCGAUUUGGAAAGUAUAUCCAGAUUGGAUUUGAUAAGAGACAUCACAUCAUUGGAGCCAACAUGAGGACCUACCUAUUGGAAAAGUCCAGGGUUGUCUUUCAGGCAGAUGAAGAAAGGAAUUAUCACAUCUUCUAUCAACUCUGUGCAGCAGCUAGCCUUCCAGAGUUUAAAGAGCUUGCACUCACAUGUGCCGAAGACUUUUUCUAUGUCUCUCAGGGAAGAGACACAUCUAUUGAUGGUGUGGAUGAUGCAGAAGAUUUUGAGAAGACCAGACAGGCCUUUACUCUUCUUGGGGUGAGAGAGUCCCAUCAGAUAAGUAUCUUUAAGAUAAUUGCUUCUAUACUGCACCUUGGAAAUGUGGAGAUUCAAGCUGAACGUGAUGGAGAGUCCUGUAGCAUAUCACCCCAAGAUGAACACCUCAGGAAUUUUUGUGCAUUGCUGGGGGUUGAGCACAGUCAAAUGCAGCAUUGGCUGUGCCACCGAAAACUGGUUACCACCUCUGAGACCUAUGUCAAGUCCAUGUCACUGCAGCAGGUGGUCAAUGCCAGGAAUGCCCUGGCUAAACACAUCUAUGCCCAGCUGUUCAACUGGAUCGUGGGGCAUGUCAAUAAGGCUCUACACACUACCCUCAAGCAGCACUCCUUCAUUGGCGUUCUCGACAUCUAUGGAUUUGAAACUUUUGAGGUGAAUAGUUUUGAACAGUUUUGUAUCAACUAUGCAAAUGAAAAACUACAGCAGCAAUUCAAUUGGCAUGUCUUCAAACUGGAGCAAGAAGAAUAUAUGAAGGAGCAAAUCCCAUGGACCUUGAUUGAUUUUUAUGAUAAUCAGCCUUGCAUUGACCUGAUAGAAGCUAAACUUGGCAUCUUGGAUCUGUUGGAUGAGGAGUGCAAGGUUCCCAAAGGCACGGAUCAGAAUUGGGCUCAAAAAUUAUAUGACCGGCAUUCCAGCAGCCAGCACUUUCAGAAACCCAGAAUGUCCAAUACCUCUUUCAUUGUCUUACAUUUUGCAGAUAAGGUGGAGUACCACUCCGAUGGAUUUCUGGAGAAAAACAGAGACACUGUGUAUGAAGAACAAAUCAACAUCCUGAAAGCCAGCAAGUUUCCACUGGUGGCUGACUUAUUCCAAGAUGAUAAAGACACAGUAUCUGCUACUUCGUCAUCUGGGAAAGGGACAUCUUCAAAAAUCAAUGUUCGCUCUGCUAGACCUCCCAUUAAAGCUGCCAACAAGGAACACAAGAAAACUGUGGGGCAUCAGUUCCGAACCUCCCUGAACCUGCUCAUGGAAACUUUGAAUGCCACAACACCUCACUAUGUCCGCUGUAUCAAGCCAAAUGAUGAAAAGCUUCCCUUCCACUUUGAUCCAAAAAGAGCAGUCCAGCAACUCAGAGCCUGUGGGGUACUGGAAACCAUCCGUAUCAGUGCAGCUGGCUAUCCAUCCAGGUGGACCUACCAUGACUUCUUCAACAGAUACAGAGUACUCAUUAAAAAGAGAGAGCUCUCCAACACUGACAAAAAAGUCAUCUGUAAAAAUGUCCUGGAGAGCCUUAUCAAGGACCCUGAUGCAUUCCAGUUUGGCCGCACCAAAAUCUUUUUCCGGGCAGGCCAGGUAGCAUACCUGGAAAAACUACGGGCAGACAAAGUCCGAGCAGCCACCAUCAUGAUCCAAAAGACUGUGAGGGGCUGGCUACAGAAAGUGAAAUAUCGCAGGUUGCGAGGGGCUACUUUAACUCUGCAGAGGCACACUCGGGGUUACCUUGCACGCAGGUUGGCUGAGCACCUACGGAAAACCAAGGCAGCCAUUGUCAUCCAGAAACAGUAUCGGAUGCAUAUGGUCCGUCAAGCCUAUAAAAGGAUCUACAGGGCUACGGUCACUAUCCAAGCCUUUACCCGAGGCAUGUUUGUACGGAGAGCCUACCGCCAGAUCCUGUUGGAACACAAGGCCACCACGAUCCAGAAACAUGCCCGAGGUUGGAUGGCCAGGAGGAGAUUUUUGCAGUUUCGAAGGGCGGCCAUUGUCAUCCAGUGUGCCUUCAGGCGCUUGAAGGCAAAGCGGGAGUUGAAGGCUCUCAAGAUUGAAGCCCGUUCUGCUGAGCACCUGAAACGAUUGAAUGUGGGAAUGGAGAACAAAGUGGUCCAGCUGCAGAGGAAGAUUGAUGAUCAGAACAAAGAAUUCAAGAGCCUGACAGAGCAGCUCUCCACAGUGACCUCUGCCCACAACAUGGAGGUGGAGAAGCUGAAGAAGGAGCUGAUAAGAUACCAGCAGAGCCAAGAUGGGGACGACAGCCAGCGACUGAGCCUUCAGGAAGAGAUUGAGAGCCUCCGGGCAGAGUUACAGAAAGCCCACUCAGAGAGGAAGAUCCUCGAAGACGUCCACAGCCAGGAGAAAGAUGAACUGACAAAGCGUGUAUUGGACUUGGAACAAGAGAAUGCACUUUUGAAAGAUGAAAAAGAAAUGCUUAACAACCAGAUCUUGUGCCAAUCUAAAGAUGAAUUUGCAAAAAAUUCAGUAAAGGAGAAUCUCCUAAUGAAGAAGGAGCUGGAGGAAGAACGGUCACGAUACCAAAACCUUGUGAAGGAGUAUUCCCGACUGGAGCAAAGCUAUGACAACCUUCGGGAUGAGAUGACUAUCAUAAGGCAAACCCCAGGUCAUAGGCGAAACCCUUCAAACCAGAGUAGUUUAGAAUCUGACUCGAAUUAUCCAUCAGUUUCCACAUCUGAGAUCGGAGAUACUGAAGAUGCAAUCCAACAAGUGGAGGAAAUGGGCCUGGAGAAGGCAGCUAUGGAUAUGUCUGUCUUUCUGAAGCUGCAGAAGAGAGUUCGGGAGCUGGAGCAGGAAAGAAAGAAAUUGCAAACUCAGCUGGAAAAGAAAGAACAACAAGAAAGCAAGAAAGUCCAGGUAGUUGAAGCAAAUAAUGGAAUAGAUGCAGACCAAGAUGCAGAUCUGGCCUACAACAGCUUGAAGAGACAAGAACUCGAGUCAGAAAACAAAAAGCUGAAGAAUGAGCUGAAUGAGCUGAGAAAGGCAGUGGCGGACCAGGCCAUGCAGAACAACUCGACCCAUGAUGUCCAAGACAGCUACACCCUUCUGCUGAACCAGCUCAAGUCAGCCAAUGAGGAGCUGGAGGUUCGCAAGGAGGAGGUGCUCAUUCUCAGGACCCAGAUUGUGAGCGCUGACCAGAGGAAGCAUGCUGGCAGGAGCAUGGAACCAAAUAUUAAUGCCCGAACCAGUUGGCCCAACAGUGAAAAGCAUGUGGACCAGGAAGAUGCCAUUGAAGCCUAUCAUGGGGUCUGUCAGACAAAUAGCAAGACUGAGGACUGGGGAUAUUUGAAUGAAGAUGGAGAACUCGGCUUAGCCUACCAAGGCCUAAAGCAAGUUGCCAGGUUAUUGGAAGCACAGCUCCAGGCCCAGAGCAGAGAGCACGAGGAAGAGAUGGAGUCACUGAGGAGCCAGAUUGAAACCUUAAAGGAAGAGAUGGACAAGCAGCAGCAGAGCUUCUGUCAGACGCUCCUCUUGUCUCCUGAGGCGCAGGUGGAAUUUGGAGUCCAACAAGAAAUAUCCCGGCUGACCAAUGAAAACCUGGACCUCAAAGAGUUGGUAGAAAAACUGGAAAAGAAUGAGAAGAAACUGAAAAAACAAUUGAAGAUUUAUAUGAAGAAAGUCCAGGAUCUAGAAGCUGCCCAAGCAUUAGCACAGAGUGAGAGAAAACGGCAUGAACUUACCAGACAGGUCACAGUCCAAAGGAAGGAGAAGGAUUUCCAGGGAAUGCUGGAGUACUACAAAGAAGAUGAGCCCCUCCUCAUUCGGAAUCUGGUAACAGAUCUGAAACCUCAGACUCUAUCAGGCACAGUUCCAUGUCUUCCUGCUUACAUCCUCUACAUGUGUAUCAGACAUGCAGAUUAUGUCAAUGAUGACCUUAAAGUUCAUUCCCUGCUCACCUCAACCAUCAAUGGCAUCAAGAAAGUACUAAAGAAGCACAACGAUGAUUUCGAGAUGACAUCCUUUUGGUUAUCCAAUACAUGCCGCCUUCUUCAUUGCUUGAAGCAGUACAGUGGGGAUGAGGGCUUCAUGACCCAGAACACCCCCAAACAGAAUGAACACUGUCUUAAAAAUUUUGACCUCACUGAAUACCGCCAAGUCUUAAGCGAUCUCUCCAUCCAGAUUUACCAGCAGCUCAUUAAGAUUGCAGAGGGCAUGUUACAACCGAUGAUAGUGUCCGCCAUGUUGGAAAAUGAAAGCAUUCAGGGUUUGUCUGGAGUGAAACCAACAGGCUACAGGAAGCGAUCUUCCAGCAUGGUGGAUGGGGACAAUUCCUACAGCCUCGAUGCCAUCAUACGCCAGAUGAAUUCCUUUCACAGUGUGAUGUGCGAUCAGGGCCUUGAUCCUGAGAUCAUACAGCAGGUGUUUAAGCAGCUCUUCUACAUGAUCAAUGCUGUAGCCCUCAACAACCUCUUGCUCAGGAAGGAUGUCUGUUCUUGGAGCACAGGCAUGCAACUCCGGUAUAAUAUAAGCCAGCUUGAGGAGUGGCUUCGUGGGAAGAAUCUCCACCAGAGUGGAGCAGCAGAGACAAUGGAACCUUUGAUCCAUGCAGCACAGCUCCUGCAAUUAAAAAAGAAAACUCCUGAAGAUGCUGAAGCCAUUUGCACCUUAUGUACCUCCCUCAGUACACAGCAGAUUGUCAAAAUCCUCAAUCUUUACACUCCCCUGAAUGAAUUUGAGGAACGAGUGACAGUAGCCUUCAUACGAACAAUUCAGGCACAACUACAAGAUCGAAAUGACCCUCAGCAGCUGCUAUUAGACUUCAAGCACAUGUUCCCUGUCUUAUUCCCAUUUAACCCAUCCUCCUUGACCAUGGACUCGAUUCACAUCCCUGCAGCUCUCAAUCUGGAGUUCCUCAAUGAAGUGUGAAGACUUGGCUUCAGUCCUAGUGAGUCCAAGCAAAAAGAAAACAAUGACAUAAAUUGAAAGACAUAUCCAGUGUGGUAAAAGUGGACCAAGGCAGAGCCUAAGAACCUGUGCAAAGUGCUGAACUGUCCAAUAUCAGGCACAUAUCUUCAAUGUGAUUAUUUUUCUUUUGUAUUCUACAACUCAAAAUAAGAAUACUUGAAAUACAGGUUGGUUAUUUUUUUUAAGUUUGGUUUCAGACUAAAUAAAUGCACAGUCCGUAGCAAUUUAAAUAGUGACUUUCCCAGUGCCAUAAUCAAUGUACCAAUCUUGUCAAGCAAACAUUGGCCAUCUUUUUGAUCUUCAUUCCGUGGCUAUUUAAUGCUUAAAAAUUGGACAUUUAAACUGCCUUCAGGGAACUUCUAACACAUGCUGAUGCUGAUCAUUUUGAGGGUGCACAUGUUCCCCUUUCUACUGUUGUAGGAAGCAGGGGAAAUGAUGUUGUGGGUUUGUGGUGGGUUGUCUGGGGACCAGGGUGAGUUUGCCCAAUCUUUUCCACCAUAGAGGAGUGCCAGUAAUAUUGGCCUCCUCAUCCUUUCCUCAGGCCUUAGUUAUAUUUUUAACUUUGCUUUUUGGAGCAAAAAUGUCACAAUGGUACAAUCCCCUUUAUGCCCAAAGAAUUCUCAGUUUCUGUAUUUAGGAACAGUUAUUUAGUUAAAGCUGCUACAUGUCCAUGACCCUAGAUGAUAACUGGCAAAUUAAGUAACUAUUAGAAGAGAUAUUCUCAUGUGCAAAACUUGUUCACAGUGAAUGAAUCCAUACUAGACACUAUUUUUAUGUACAUAAUCCCCCCCAAGUUAAGGAGUUCUAAUUACUGUUGUCAUUUAUGAAAGAAAGCAUCAAUGGGAAGACUAGUAAUCCCAAAAUGUCAUUUAUUUAUUCUCUAAUAUGAUGGGAGAUCUCAUAAAUAGUACUUCACUGUUUGUUUGUUUUUUUUCAGCAGCCUCUAGGCAGUUAAAUUCCUUCCCCAAAGAAUAUUUAUGAGUGGUUGAAAUUAAGAAAAUAAUGGAUAUAGAUUUGUUUUUUUAUCUUAGCCGCUGCAUUUUUUAAAUCCACUAAAAUUCCAGUAAAAUAUCUGAUAAUGUUCAUCUAAUUCAGUUUGCAUUAAAGAUUUUUUAAAGUUACUAUAUUAAGAGCAUAUGAAAUCUCCCUGCUAGAAAAUAAGGGUAUGGAAUUCUGAGCACUUAAUAAGACAAAUUUUGUCAUUUUUUCCUCCUAACACAAAGCAUCUAUUUUGAAAAUUCUGCAUGACCUCUUAUACUAGGUACCUUUGUUUACUGUUUUCAUUUAUUUUCCUUUUUUUUAAAUUGCAAAAAUCUCUUAAUAGAUUGUGACAGUAUGAAGAAGGAUGUUGCCAGGACUGGAAAAAGUUUGUUAACCCAAAGAGAAGUGGUCCCUCUUCCUGAUUUUUAACAGGGAAGUUUAAAUUAUUCCACAAAUUAUCAGUUACAUGACCCAAUUAUUCUUAAGUCUAGUUUUCCUCAAGAGUCCAUAACAAAGAACUCAUAGGACCUAGAAAUAGAUACAUACCUCUUUCCUUAGCAUUUCUCCCUAGCAAAUACUUCCUUCUUUCCUUCCUGGCCUCCACCUCUAUCAUCACCCUCAUCCAUGUGGUUUUAGAACAGCAGAACACUCCCCUCUUGUUAUAAUGACAAAGAUUUCAAACUUAAUCCUCUGUUCAUAUGACCACCUCUACUUCCACAGUAAAUACUUGUAACUUAUUUUGGGGUAUCUCUGAACUAGGGCCCCACUUGAUCUGUCUUAUGCCUUUGGGCUUUGGCUAGCUCAAAAGUACAAGUGGCAUCUUGUUUUCCAUGCUUCCCUUAAGCUUCUUUCUUUUAAGCUUCACUCACCAGAUAGGGAAAAACUUUCAUUUUCUAAAAAAAAGGUGUCUAUAAAGGCAACUACUGCCAACUAUCCCUAACUAGCUUCUUUCUACCUUCAGUUUCCCCAGACUGUUGCCUAUUUUUCAAGGGUCCUUAGUUAAUCAUAGCAGCAACAAAAAUUUAUGGUAGGUAAUGCUUAGCCAUUAGAAUAAAACAGAAAUUUAUCUACUGAAGGCUUUUUUUUUUCCUGCGUAGAUAUUCUAAUUAAUCACAGAAUUCAUUCUUAUUUUUUUUUCCUAAGGGAUUACAGCUGGAGCUGUAAUUUAAUUUAUGUGUAUUAUAUUUUUAAAAACAUAAGAUUUUUAUAGGACAUUAGUAUAGAAAUAUAUAGAAAAUAGAUAUUUAAUGUUUAGAUCUGUAAUAUUUAACUUAACACUCAGCUUGUGCUUGGAAGGGAACUCUUUUCGUAUCUUUAAUGUAAAAAUCUUUUGUUGACUAUUUUUACUCCCUGCAUUUAAAAAGCACAUUUAAUGCAGCUUUAUUCACUCACAUAUCCUCAAUUCCAUGGAAAUCAGAAUGGCAUCUUGAUUUAAGAAUAUAGUUCAAUAUGAUAAUGACAAGGUUGAGAUCUAUCUUUAUUAAAAUCUCAGAUGAGCACCUUUCCCACUCUGUGCCUUCAGCCGACUGAUUUCUCAAUUGCUAUUUUCCUGGAAUAAGCAUUAUUGUGGGAAAAAUUUUAAUGUUCUAUAUAACAUUGUGGUGGAUUUAUAUUUAUUCAGUAAGUCAUUCUGAAAUGUUUUAAAUAUUACAGAAGAAAAAAAAGAUUUACAGAUCACAUCACUUAGGUUGAUGGACUUUUUAAGUAUGUGAAGAAUGAUCCCAUUAUAUUCAGUUACUUAUAUGUACAUAGCAUUUACUUAACUAAUCCUUGCUGACACUGUUGAGACAUCUUUUUCCUAACAUAUGCAUUCUAUCUGGGCUGCUAUAGUUGUUUGAAACAACUAGGAUGUUGCAAUACACAAAUAUACAUAAGAGUUUUUCCCCCUUUUCCUUGGGGCAUGUUAAUAAUAAUGACUCCUCUGGAGUUUCUAAUGCCAAGUUUUAAAGUUAUUUUUAAAGCACUUAGAAGUUUGGAAAAAAAAAUCAGCUGCCACAACCAGGUCAAUCAGCACAUAUACAUUGUCUGAAUUACCCCUUUGUUGAAAAAAAAGGGGGGAUAGGGUCUGUAGUUGCCUUUUCAUUUAAUAUUAAACACUAUGACAAAUUUUCCCAAUACCUCUGCAAACAAGAGUAUCAUAAUUGAAUGACUACAUAAUGCCUGAACUAAAUAGCUACUAAAAGAUGAAACACAGGGUAGGAUCCUCUAGUUGUGGUUCAUAGAAACCUUUUUCCACACCAGGUAUUAUCAAACUAAGCCAGAUGUUGUUGCAUGUAUAGCUAAAUAUUCAUGGUUUACUUCUCUGCCAUCCUGAUGCCAUAAUUAGAUUUGGAAGGAAAAACAAAUAGACUAGAAAUUUUUUACAAUACUAAGAGUAAUAAAAUGAUAUUGGUUUUGUUUAUUUUAAAGGUCAUUGGAUGAAAAAAAUUUUUCUUACAUUCUAUAAACUUUAAUACUUUUAAAUGGGAUAAAUCUGAAAUAAAAUUUAAUGUUUUCUUAAAGUGCACCUCAAACCUGGCAAGAGUUGUAUGUAACAUUUUUGCCUCCAAAUGAUGUUUAAAAGGAACAGCUUUUCUCUCUGAAGGAAUUUCAAUGAUAUUCAGGGGAUGAAUCAGAUAUCAGAAAUGAAAUACUACUGUUAAAGAAUAUUUUUCCAUUUUGAACAAAUCUGUAAACUACACCUUUGUUUAUAGGAAAAUGCUUAUAAUAGUUGCUGUAAUAUUCAGCUGUGGAUAAAAAUUUGUGGAAAUAAAUACUUUUGAAUAAA